AUGUCACCAAAGAUAUGGCCGGUAUCAUCCCUUACUGGCGACAAGACCGAGGAGACCGAGAACCGGCUCGAGGCAGACGUCGAGAAGUUGGCCGCCCGCCGUCUUCACACGCUCUCUAUCUACAAGGAGGUUGAUGGCGUGGACUCCGAGAGUGAUGGUGCUGGCUUCGAAUUUCUCGGCCUGCUUAUUUUCGACCCGACCCGCAAGCAGACGAUUAGCGACAUCACGAGCCUCGAUGCUGAUCGCAAAAUAGUCACUGGCGACCGGCUUGUUCUCGCGAAGGAGACUGGCCGUCGUCUUGGCCUCGGCGACCACAUAUACCCCACCAAUGCACUCAAGGAAGGUCCGCGCCUGACAUCAAUUACCGCUUCUCCAACGAGAAUACUCCCAAUGGACCAUGGAUACCGAUGA